AUGAGAGAUCAACUACUCCAUGGACACGGAUUCUUGGCAGCCUUGGACCAAUCGGGAGGAUCCACGCCAAGUGCGCUACAAAACUACCAGUAUCCAUCCGAUUUGUACCAAGGAAACGAAGCUUCCAUGUUUGAAGCCGUCCAUGGCAUGCGAUGUCGGAUAAUGCAAAGCCCUGUAUUUUUGUCUCCACAGGAGAGUGCUGGUGGCGUUUUGGGGGCCAUUUUGUUUGAAGAUACCCUUCAUCGCACCGUCGAAGGCCAACAGACGGCCCAAUAUCUAUGGAACACCAAACAGAUCAUUCCCUUUUUGAAAAUUGAUCAAGGAUUAUUGCCCAAAGUAGCAGGUGUUCAGCUCAUGAAGCCGUUUGAGGAAUCUCCACCAGCACCUUCGGCACCCUACUCCUCUUCCUCACUGGUGUCGCUCGAAGAAAAACUGCAAACCGCCAGAAACAUGGGAGUCUUUGGCACCAAGAUGCGAUCCGUCAUUCAUGAAAAUAAUCCAAAAGGAAUCAAAGUUGUAGUGGAACAACAAUUUGACUAUGGCAAGCGUAUACUAAAGGCUGGAUUGGUUCCCAUUUUGGAACCUGAAGUCAAUAUUGAAAGUGCUGAGAAACAAGAAUGCGAAGAAACUCUGAAGAAAUGCCUGCUACAAGCCUUGGAUCAGUUGCAAGAAGAAAGCAGUGGUGGUGACGAGAAUAUUUCACAAGUCAUUUUGAAACUAUCCAUACCUUGUCAAGACAAUUUCUAUCAAGAAUGCAUGGAUCAUCCGGCCUGUCUAAAGGUGGUUGCUCUUUCGGGUGGAUAUUCCCAAGCAGAGGCAAAUUCACGACUGUCGAAACAACCCAAAAUGAUUGCUAGCUUUUCUCGGGCGCUGAGCGAGGGAUUGACGCAUAAUCUCUCCGACGAAGAAUUCAACAAGGUAUUGGAAGCUUCCAUUGCGAGUAUUGUGCAAGCGUCGGUAUAG